GUUCCGUGUUUCCUGUGUAAAUGUACCCUGUGUUUAGACUAGAAGGCACAUUUGAUCCAAACGCCAACGCGAACGCCUGGUUCGUGCAACUCGUCGGCGUCGGGGCACAGCCUGAGAAAGGGGAGUGCAGGGCAUCGUGUGGCCCACUCAGAUCCCUUUUUUCGGAACCACGACUACUUCCGCUCAGGACAGUCUAACGACGUGCCCGUCUGCGCUCGGGACCCGCUCACGUCAACAAGGACAUAAACAUUUCUCUCCGUAGCGGUUUGUUUCGACACCUACCUCCACUGCUCGCUACCUACUCACCAGAAUGAAUGUGGGUGUGGCACACAGUGAGGUGAACCCAAACACCCGGGUCAUGAACAGUCGAGGCAUCUGGCUGACCUACGCGCUCGGUGUUGGAAUACUUCACAUUGUGCUCUUGAGCAUUCCCUUCUUCAGUGUGCCCGUGGUGUGGACUCUCACUAAUGUUAUACACAACUUUGGAAUGUAUGUCUUUAUGCAUGCGGUGAAAGGCACACCCUUUGAGACCCCUGACCAAGGAAAAGCCAGACUUCUCACACAUUGGGAACAGCUUGACUACGGCGUGCAGUUCACUUCAUCUAGAAAGUUCUUCACCAUCUCCCCAAUCAUUCUAUACUUCCUGGCGAGCUUCUACACAAAGUAUGACACGACGCACUUCGUCAUAAACACUGCCUCUCUUUUGAGCGUUCUGAUCCCCAAGCUGCCACAACUACACGGAGUGAGAAUCUUCGGCAUCAACAAGUAUUAAUUUAUCGUAAAUGCUGUGGCCCACAGCAACGGACGUUGAAAUGUCUGCACCGCAGACGUGUGUGUACUACGGUUUGUGUAAACGUCACUGUCGUCGUUUAGGUAUAUCAGGUUUAAGAGGAAAUGUUUCAAAUAAACAAAAGAGUAGGUUUGUAGGUGACAGGAUGCCAUAUGCAUUACUAACUUAUGUGAAUAUUUAACAAUGUUUUUUUUUUUGUGUGUGGCCUGCAUAGACCCUGGGCUGGCCCAGGAAUCGGUGAGGCUUCUUCUUUUCUUUUCUUUUUUGGUUGAGUUUUGUUUAGUUUUUUUUCUUUCUUUGCCCUCAAAUUCAUACACGGCAACACAAAUUGUGAGCGCGAGUCCGUUUUUUCGGGCCACAGAGGUGUCCCUACAUGUAUUUUUCAAAGAUGUUUACGUCGUAAGGGUAGGGGCCUGUGGCUCAUCAGUUUAUUGGUACACUCUCAUUUUGUAAUGGUGUGUCAAAACGUACACAUGCCGAGUGAAGAAUAGAAUCACACUCUUUAUUUGCACGAUUUCCUUGGUAUGUGAAUCUUUAUCUCGUUUGUAACUCAAAACAGGGCGAGGCCGUCUCGUUGUACAGUUUUUUUUUUGUGUGUGAAUAUUAUGUCCUGUAUGUUUAAAAGAAGAAAGCCCUGUGUAGAAAUGAGACACAUUGUUGUUGUCUGGCUAAGUGUUUACUGAGGGAGGUCGACAGUAUCUCUGUGAUCAACUUACAUUUAUGUAGCUGCUCUAUUUUAGAUUGACUUUUUGCUAUCAUCAAGGCAGCUAGUCUUACUUGGUUUGGCCGUAGCUCUUGAUAUUUCUUGUUCCUAAUCUUAUUAAAACGUUUGUGCCCUCGGAA